GCUUGGAAAUACACAGAUUUAGAUGUUGAAGCUGAAUCAGGAAAAUUGCAAUUAGCAUUGAUUUUUAUGGGACAAUCACAAGAAGACAUUAGGAAAAAACUUCAGAAGUUGGAAGGUGAGGAGACAAGAGAUUUGGAAAAAUUAUUAGAAGUAGCUUGGAAGGUGUACAAUAAUAGAGAAAAGGAAGCUACUAAGAAGCAGCAAACAAGCUUGUUAGCACUUUUGCAAACUUCAGGAGGGAACAAUGGAACUAGUGGCCAUAGGGGAAGAGGCCGUGGUAAUAGGGGACGGGGAGGAAUAGGUAGAGGAUUUAACAACCAGUCGGGAUUUGGAAAUCAAUAUGGGGGAGGACGUGGUAGGAUAGGACCAAAUCAAUGUGCUCUUUGUAAAAGACUAGGACAUUGGAAAAACGAAUGCCCAUUGAAUGCUGGAAAUGGAAUAAAUCCGUGGAGUCCCCAGAGCUUUGCAAAUUCGCAAAACCCUGUUAAUAUGGGCACGCCGCAAGGUGUCGCCCAAGCAUUUAUGUUAGGGAAUUACCAGAAUCAAAACUGACUAGACCGGGAUUUAAAAGUAGUUUUAGAAGUAGAGGGAGAACCGACAGAAUUUAGAAUAGACACUGGAGCUAGUUUUUCGGCAAUGAAUAAAUUGAUGGGGCCAUUAAGUGAUUCAACUGUACGGGUGGUAGGAGUUUCAGGACAGAUAGAGGAAAAGACGUUUUUACGACCUCUAGAUAUCAAAUUUAGAGGAAAAGAAUUAGAUCAUCAAUUUUUGUACAUGCCCAACAGUCCUGAAUGUUUACUAGGAAGGGAUUUGCUUUCAGCCUUGCAAGCUAAAAUUAUAUUUGAAAAAGGGAGGGUCAAGAUGGAAAUUCCGGAAGAGAACUUAGCAAAAAUUUUCGUUGUGAAAGAAGUAGAAAAGGAAGAGAUACCGCGGGAAAUAGAACAGGCUGUAGUACCUUGGGUAUGGGAAACAGGGGUCCCUGGAAUAUCUAAAGCUACUAUUCCAGUUAGAAUAGAAUUAAAAGAAGGAGCACAACCCGUUAAAGUGCGACAAUACCCAAUUAGUUUAGAAACUAGGAAAGGAAUAGCUCCAAUGAUUACACAAUUUUUAACUUUAGGGAUAUUAAAGGAAUGUGAGUCAGAGUUCAAUACUCCCAUUUUUCCAAUAAGAAAACCAAAUGGUAAGUAUAGGUUAGUGCAAGACUUGAGAGCAAUAAACCUCAUCACAAAAGACAUCCACCCGGUUGUAGCUAACCCUUACACCUUGUUAACAUCUGUUUCUGAGAGAUUUCAGUGGUUUACAGUGAUUGAUCUGAAGGAUGCCUUCUUCUGCAUACCAUUGGCACGGGAAAGUUGGAAAAUUUUUACCUUUGAAUGGGAAAACCCAGAGACUGGACGGAAGCGACAGCUUACGUGGACUCGAUUACCGCAAGGAUUUAAAUGUUCACCUACGAUAUUCGGUAAUCAGUUAGCAAAAGAACUUGAAGAGUGGAAGACUACACAGGUAAAGGAAUCCCCUUUUUCAUAUAUAAUACUGCAAUAUGUAGAUGACAUCUUCCUAGGGGCUACAGAACAAGGACUCUGUCGUCAGUUAACCAUUGAACUGUUAAACAUGUUGGGACAAGCAGGCUAUCGGGUCUCAAAAGAAAAGGCUCAAUUAGUAAAACAGAAAGUUAUCUAUCUGGGGUGCGAAAUUUCUCAAGGAAUUCGACGCUUAGGAACAAAUAGGGUUCAAGCAAUAUGUGCUAUCCCUGUGCCCCGAAAUAAUCAAGAACUAAGAUCUUUUUUAGGAAUGGUCGGGUGGUGCAGACUGUGGAUUCCCAACUUUGGACUAACUGCCAGACCCUUAUAUGAAACAGUAAAGGAGCCCAAGCUGACCUGGGGGACGAAGCAAGAGAAAGCGUUCCAAGAACUGAAAAGAGCCCUCCAGGAAGCACCUGCCCUGGGACUACCGGACCUAACCAAGGAAUUUCAGCUCUAUGUCUGCGAGAGACAACGAAUGGCUUUAGGAGUACUCACUCAGCAAUUAGGAUCCUGGAAGAGACCGGUUGGGUAUUUCUCCAAACGGUUAGACGCAGUAAGUGGGGGAUGGUCGGGGUGUCUCAGAGCUGUGGCAGUGACGGUUACUUUAAUACAAGAAGUACGAAAAUUGACUCUGGGAAAACACAUGGUAGUGUACGUGCCCCACAUGGUCAUAGCAGUUUUAGAACAAAAAGGGGGGCAUUGGCUCUCAUCUAGCCGUAUGUUACAGUAUCAAGUUUUGUUAAGAGAGCAAGAUGAUGUUGAACUGAAAAUCACUAACCAUCUCAAGCCAGCAGAAUUCCUUAGGUCUACACAGGAAGAAGGUAUCCUGGAGCAUGACUGUGUAGAGACCAUUGAACAAGUCUACGCGAGCAGAAGAGACUUGAAAGACGAACCAUUGCCAGAUCCUGACUGGGAGUUGUACACCGACGGAUCUAGCUUUGUGGAGAAUGGCACCAGGUAUGCUGGGUACGCAGUGGUCACUCUACAACAAGUGAUAGAAGCAAACGCACUACCCCCAGGUACGUCUGCACAAAAGACCGAAAUAUGGGCAUUGGUGAGAGCUUUAAUAUUAAGCCAAGGAAGGAGAGUUAAUAUAUGGACUGACUCCAAAUAUGCUUUUGGGGUAGUUCAUAUUCACGGAGUACUCUGGAAAGAGAGGGGACUUCUUACUUCUCAGGGGUCAACGAUUAAACAUCGGGAAGAAAUUUUACAAUUAUUAGAGGCAAUACACAAGCCCUCAGCAGUGGCAAUAAUGCAUGUCAAAGGACAUCAGACUGAUCCUGGACGGGAAUUUCAAGGAGACCAAGUCUAUGUGAAAAACUGGUCGGUGGAACCAUUAAAGGAAACAUGGGACGGUCCUCGUCAGGUGAUAAUGACCACUUACACGGCGGUGAAGGUCGAAGGAAUCGACAAUUGGAUCCAUUACACCCGAAUCAAGAAGGUUCCAGUCUCGUGGUCAGUAGAACGUCUCUCACCUACAAAGAUGGUAUUUCGAGCCAACCGUUGA